AUGGCCACGCCAAAGCUGGUUUCGGCGGUCUUCAAGGGCACUGCGUUUGAAGAGCGCUCCCGCGCCGUCCUCCGCGACCACUUCUCCAUGUCCCUCCGACGAGUUGGCGGCAGAGGCGACGGCGGCAUCGACCUCCAAGGCUGGUGGUGGCUCCCCGCACAGUGCGUGAACCAUGGCCACCCCUCCGCAACACACGCCCUCCCCACCCCCGCACGACCGCACGACCGCGUGCCCGUCCGCGUCCUGGGCCAGUGCAAGGCCGAGGCGAGGAAGGUCGGCCCCCGCCACAUCCGCGAGUUCGAGGGCACCGUCCUCCGGCUCUCCGCGGCGCACCCCCUCGGCGUCGCCGCCUCUCCAGGUCCAGGUCCAGGUCCAAGCCCGAGGGCGUCCGUCGGGGUGUUCCUCUCCCUCUCCCCGUUCACGCUCGCGGCGCUCCGCCAGGCGUACUCCUCCCCCGUCCCGCUCGCGCUGGUGCACCUCCCGGAGCCCGGAGACGGUUGUGCGGAGGCGGACCGCACCGACGCGCGGAUGCCGGGGAACGUGAUCUUCAACCCGGCGCUGAGCGCGAGCCACGGGCUGCUCCGCGGGACGCUGGAGCCGCGGUGGGAGCGGGGGCCUGGGGAAGGAGGGCCUGCUCUUUGGAGUGGGGGUUCGCGGUUGGAGAGUUGGGUGCCGGAGGACGCGCGGGAUGCUCGUCGAGCACUAGGUGUGUUGCCUCCGUAA